AUGUCUAGUAAUCAAUUGUUUGAAAAAGAUGCUGAUGAAAAUAAUAUAUCAUUUGAAUAUGAUAGAAUCUAUAAUUUUGACUUUAAUUUUAAUAAAAAUAUUGAAGAUAGAAAUAGUUUUAGUGAUAAAAAUGUUAAUUAUAAUGAAGAUGAUGAUUAUAUUAGUGAAAAGGAGAAAAAUACUGUUAAUUUUUUACCUAUUAUAUCUUAUUUUCUUUUACAAGGAACUUUGACAAAAUAA